AUGGAGGCACUGAGAUUGCCUUUCCCGUCAUCCGCUACCUUUUAUGGUGUCGAGGGAUUUCUUGUUCUCCUUAGUGACCCAGCUGCAAAGCAGCUGUUGUUGAGGCUCCUGCCUUUCCACUCUCACAGGGCAGCGUUCCUAACCAUCCCCCUGGGAUUUAAGCUUCUGCAGCAAGUGUGUCAACUCAGCUGUGGUCGUAAGAGUGAGGCUGAAAAGUUCUUCUUGAAGGCUAUUGAGCUGGAUCCCACCAAAGGAAACUGUUACAUGCAUUAUGGUCAGUUUCUUCUGGAAGAAGCUCGCCUCAUAGAAGCAGCUGAGAUGGCAAAAAAAGCAGCUGAACUGGACAGCACGGAGUUCGAUGUGGUCUUCAGUGCUGCCCACAUGCUCAGGCAGGCUAGCCUCAAUGAAGCAGCCGAGAAGUAUUAUGAUUUGGCGGCCAGACUGAGACCAAAUUAUCCGGCGGCUCUGAUGAACCUGGGGGCUAUCCUCCAUCUCAACGGCCGUCUCCAAAAGGCUGAGGCCAACUACCUGCGGGCACUGCAGCUCAAGCCCGAUGAUGUCAUCACGCAGUCCAAUCUCCGUAAACUGUGGAACAUCAUGGAAAAGCAAGGCUUAAAGACUUCCAAGACCUGACACGGGAGGGCAUACCUCGUCCUCCUCCUUACUGGAAAGCUGGCUUCGUUAAUGAACAGACCUUCCCAGCAGUGCUAGGACAAGAGCUAGUAUGGACUUCAAGAUGGGGGCAGGGGUCACUGGGGUCACUGCCACUUCUGGGAGUAUUCACUCUGCUGUUGGCACAGCCGUUAACACCAAAAAGGGGAACAUUGGAAACCUCCUGAAGGAUGUAAUUGUUACCCAUAGAACUAUUAAACCAGAGCACUUAAAACAGGAUCUCACGGCAUUGGGGCGAGGGGGGUGGGGUGGGCAGGGAAUCUAAGUUACAAAUUUUGUUCAUUUUUGAAAGCUAAUUUAGAAAUUAUAUUGUUCCUUAAACACUGUGAGAGGAAGUCAGAGUGUCCAUUCAGCCCUGCUAAACUAUUAAGAGCAAGUGUUAAUAGGGAAUGAUUAAAGUGUCGCGUGAAUUCCAGCGUGCUGGCGGGUUGUCCUGAUGCUGCUGUCUUCCCUCUUCGGGACGGCCUGCUUACCAAUUUGUGAAACUUAGAGAAAAAAAAAAACUUUUUUCUAAGUAUGUCAAGACCCGUCAGAAUCUAUAGUUGUUUCCUGACAAGUGCACAUCACAUUUUAUGAUUUGGAUGUCACAGUCUUCAUUUCUUUUAGACAGCAUUUGCUUUUCAUGUUCUGAGCUGAGGUAACCAGCUUUCACACUGGUGUUGCAGGAGAGGCCGGGCAGACCUUAUACGUGUCAGGCAGGCAAUGUUUACUUUUAACGUCACCAAUGUCACCCCAGACCACCUAGGAGAAUUCAUUGUAGUAAUUCUUAGGCUUUUGAAAUGACUAUACCUGGUUAAUGUACAUGCUAAUAUAGGGAUUACAUCCAAAAGAGCUUAAAAGUGUUCUAAUUCCAAUAACUAACCAGCAGCUAUUAGGCAAAAGGGAACGUGCUAUGCACUUCCCAGAUGUUAAUGGUUAAGAAAUCAAGUCUGAGCAAAGCAGUGUAUAAUAAUGGUUGCCAAUGAAUGUUAUAUUUUGGAAAGAAUUGGUAUAAAAUGCUAAUCACUUUCUGACAGGUUCCUAAACAGCAAUGCAAAUAAGUUUUUAAGGCGUUAUUUUUAUCAUAUUUUGCUCUUCCUUAAAGACAUCAAAAAUGACUUACUUUAGGCUGCAGUAGAGUAUAGCAUCAGCCUGUGUGUUUUUAUGUCUUCUGCCAUGUGCUUUUCACAGUUAAACUAUUUUUUCACUAGCAAAUCAGUAUUUUAUUUCUUUAUCUAGUAGUAACCACUUUAGUGAUCAUUACACAAGUAAAAAUGAGGUAGAGAAAAACAUUGAACAAUGUUUGACUUACAAAUUUUGCUACUAAAAACUAACUUUGCAAAAAAAAAAAAAAAAACAGUUCACUAUCACCUUCUUCAUAGAGAAAGUAGCUACACAAUACCCUACAUAUUUAUUUAUUUAUUAUUCUACCAUAGCAAAAUAACAAAACUUGAUUCAGUAAGUCAGUUGUUUGCAACUGAAAAUUAGCUUUUUCUCUUUUCUUUAACUUUUCAUGUAUAUAUAUUGGGCAGCAUCCCCACUAAAAGGAAGCUGGACGUGCAAAUAAAUCAUAUUUUGUUUUCUCCAUAUUUUAUAUGUUUUGCUCCUUAUCUGAAUAAAGUGGGAUGAAGAAUUUAAAGUAGUGUUCCUAUGGCAUUAGUGUGUUUGAAAGAAGGGCAGUUGUAGUGAGAGAGGUUUGUUGAUGGCAUUAGUAAGAAGGCCCUCCUAAUAUGUAUAUUAUUUUGUAAACAUUUCAUCGAAGGGCCAAAAGUUAAAUUAUAACUAGAUCACUGUGUUUUUCAGAACGAUAUUUAACAUUUAAAAACAGCACACCCGUGGUCAAACCAAAAGUGUGGGUUGAAGUGUAUUUUUCAUCUUCUAGUGCAUUGGCAAUUGCAAAAAAAAUAAAUAAAUAAGGAAUUUAAUAUAAGGAUAUAGAGAUAAAUUCAAUGUCUAACAGUUUUAUUUAUUUAAAUAGUUAUUGACCUAUGAUGACUUCCUAUUCUUAACAUUUUAUGUCUUUUUGUUGUUGAUGUUCUUCCUUCCAGACACUUGGUUCUUAAUAGGUUCGCUGAUUGCACAGUAGAGGCACUUCAUAUUGACCCAGUCCCCAGGUAGCAUUAAUAAUUGGGCCUGUGUCAUAAAAUGCAUGGAUGUUUAAUAGCUAAAUGUCCCUGACACCUUUCACUACAGGGCUGGGCUUAGUAACUGACCAACUUGGGGGGAGGUCGGGAGGGGGCGCUAUAGAACAUGGUCAAAAAAUGUCUCCGCUCAGGGAUUUAUGGUGGAUUAUUGCAGACAGUGCUAAAAAUAUAGAGCACAAGACAAGUUUACUAAAUUAAAGUUUUAUUUUUUGAGAAACUGUUAUUUGUAUAAAUUAUCAAGAUUUGUAGGCUUUCCUUUUGUAGAAAUAAUUGUUUUAUGUGCCAGAGAAUUUCAAUUUUGUU